AUGCCCUUUGCCCAGCACCAGGCCGCCUACCCCUCGUACGCCGCCGCCCCGCUGCUCCAGCAGCAGCGCAGCGCCGUGCCCCCGACCCAGCCCAUGCGGGAGCGCCCCUUGUCGACAAGCAUGUACCAGCACCCCAACCUCUCGACGUCGUCGACCACGGCCCCGGGCACCUACCGGUACAACGACGAGGCAAUGGCAACAGACAUCCGCCGCACCGCCAGCUCGCGAGUCGCCCCGGGCGCCAUGCCCACGCGAGAGGCCAGCAGGCGAGACCCGUACCGCCAGUCGGCACAGAUGGCGGGCAUGAACGGCCCUCUGCCGCCGCGGAGAAGCUCGCGGCGCAUCCCCAUGGACGGCACCCAGCUAUCGAGCUCGCCCUACAGCACCGAGGGCGGGCCGCUGUCGAGCAGCGAGGAGUGGAAGGAACGCGGCGCCGCCGUCAGCACCAGACAGGACGUGGACCAGAACGGCAGGCCAAUUACCCGAGUCGUGAAAAAGGGCGUCAAGGACUUCAACUUUGGCCGCACCCUGGGCGAGGGCUCGUACAGCACCGUCCUCGCCGCAACAGACCGCCAGACGCUGCGCGAGUACGCCAUCAAGGUGCUGGACAAGCGCCACAUUAUCAAGGAGAAAAAGGUCAAAUACGUAAACAUUGAAAAAGACACGCUCAAUCGCCUGACAGAGCAUCCCGGCAUUGUCCGCCUCUACUACACGUUCCAGGACGAGCGCUCGCUGUACUUUGUCCUCGAUCUCGCCUCCGGCGGCGAGCUGCUGGGCUUCCUCAAGAAGAUGGGCACGUUUGACGUCGAGUGCACACGGUUCUACGGAGCGCAAAUACUCGACGCAAUCGACUACAUGCACAACAAGGGCGUGAUACACCGAGACUUGAAGCCCGAGAACGUGCUGCUCGACGACGCCAUGCACGUCAAGAUUACCGACUUUGGCACAGCAAAGAUACUGGACCAGAAGAGGUCAAACGGCGUGGGUUCUACGAGCGGCGAUCCGCUCGAGGGCGUAGAGUCGGACCGCGCGCAGUCGUUUGUUGGCACGGCAGAGUACGUGUCGCCGGAACUGCUGACUGAUAAGAACGCAUGCAAGGCGAGCGACCUGUGGGCCUUUGGCUGCAUCAUCUACCAGCUGCUAGCAGGGCGACCCCCGUUCAAGGCUGCCAACGAGUACAUGACCUUCCAGAAGAUUGUAGGCCUCGAAUAUUCAUUCCCCGAUGGCUUUCCCCCAUUGGCAAAAGACCUGGUUGAGCGGCUGCUGGUAUUGGACCCGCUGACGCGUCUGCCUAUGGAGCACAUCAAGAACCAUCCCUUCUUUGAUGGAAUCCAGUGGGGCAAAGGGCUGUGGAAGCAAAAGGCCCCGCGCCUAAAAGCUUACAGUCCCCCUCCACAAGAGCCCAUCAAACUAAAUGGUACAUCCGCUCCCUCGUGGCAAGACAGGGAAGUAAGUAACACCCUUACAGGUCCCUCUACGGUCGCAGCAACGGCGCCCAGCCAGCCCCAGGCACGACCGAAGCCACGGCUCAUUACCGAGUUGCCGCCCCCCUCCCAGCUCGACAUUGACUGGUCGCCGGUCCUCACCAAGCGGGACGAGCGAAUAUUGAAGCUCGGCAACAUGUUUGUCACGCAGCAUCCUGCCGGCCACGUCGUGGGCGGAAAGGACGACAACCCAGAGCCACCCAAGAAGUUUUCGCGCUUCUUUGGCGGCAACACUGUCAAGAAGCGGCAGCGACUCGUCAUGAUAACAUCCAACGCACGCGUGCUGAUGUGCGCAGCAGGCACAAACGACAAGAAGCUGAAAGAAGAAGUGUCCCUGCUCUCGGCAGGCUGUGCGUGGAGAUCGUUCCAGGACUCCAAGGGCCUCACUGCAUGGCUCGUAGAAACACGAGACAAGCAGUACGUGUUUGAAGACUCGAAAAGCACCACAAGCGACCCCGAAGGCAGCAAAUACUCCAGCCAGGAGUGGCUCGACAGCAUCGAACAAGCGCGGGACUAUGCCUUUGCCCAAACAAUGACAAACUCGUACCCUGGCGACGCAGGCCUCAACGAGCUCGUCUCAAACCACACCACUCCCACCAGUACGUUGGGAGCUGAUUCGGCCCUCGACGGCGUGAACAUUCCCGCCUCGCGGCAUGGCCACCUCCGCAAAGAUCAAGGCGAUACUGACUCGAUCAAGGGUAGGAAGCGCUUUAGCAAACGCCAUUCAAAGAACGGAUUGGCCAAUUUUUGA